CCCCAUUCCAUCCUAUCUAAGACCAUCCCCUAUCAAUUCCAAAUAGUCCAACAAAGAGAAAAGCUAGCCCACUUUAUCUCUCCAUUCAUUCUUUGCUCUGCUGCUGCUGCUUCUUAUUAUUAUCAUUGCACCAUUCAUGCUCUCUGGCUCUCCUCAGUUGUCAAUUUUCGGAAGAGGAGAGAUCCGAUCCUAUCCGAUCUGAUUGCAUCCUCACAUUUCGUAUUCAAAUAUGGUGAAAGAUUCAGCAUGGAAGUGUUCACAAUGUGGAGGCAAUGGUCACAAUUCAAGGACUUGCAAUUCCAAAUCUGCAGGGUGCAGCACUAUCAAGCUGUUCGGGGUCACCAUAGCCGAAACGUCCCACGCUCCCAUGAAGAAGAGCUUCAGCAUGGACAAUCUCAUAUCCAGCUCCAACCUUGACACUACUACUACUCAUCACUUUGACGUUGAUGAAGCCGGUUACCUCUCUGACGGCCCCAUCCACUCCUCCAAACGAGCCAAAUCCUCUCAUGCGAGGAAGCGAGGGAAACCGUGGACAGAGGAAGAACACAGGACGUUCUUAGCAGGACUGAAAAAACUAGGAAAAGGGAACUGGAGAGCAAUCUCCAAGAAAUUUGUAACUACCAAGACCCCGACUCAGGUCGCCAGUCAUGCCCAGAAGUACUUCCUAAGGCAGACCUCCCAAGAUAAAAAGAAGCGCAGAUCGAGCCUCUUUGACAUGCGUUUCGAAGAGCCGCGUCCAGCUCCACAGGAUUUAUUAUGUAUUUCGCCUUCUGAUGAAAAACCUGAAAUCGCAUCAAAGCCACAGGCGAGAUGAAAUCCUUCUGCCCAGACUUAAUUAAAAUUAUAUCUUUGAGAUACAAAGAAAAUAAAUAGAUGAACAUAUAUCUGUGCUUAAAUUUUGAUGCUUAUCUGUUUUUAACAUACAGGACAUUCCCUCUCCCUCUCCAUCUGCUCUCCAUCCAAAGGUCUCGACUCCAGCAAUGAGUACCAAAGCACAGGUUAUGGACAAGUUUCCAGCUCUUUGCUUGGAUCCCCAACCACUCCUCCCUGUAGCGGCACCUUCCGGCAUCUCCUUCAUGAUGGGUAUCCCCGGAACACUGCAGGGAUUCCCGGCAGCUAGAGUAUAUCCCUCUACGGCAUAUUUUCCGGUGACAAGUUUUCCAGGAGAAUGUACUAAUCGUAUACCUAAAGUUCAUGGAAACUUUGGGACAUGUUCACAGCUCCUGCUUGCCCACCCAUCAGGCAUUCCAUCCCCACGUUCAAAUCCAAGCACCGUUGCUUCUCAGAGAGUAGCUCGAGUUUCAUCAUUAACAGAGAAGGACGAUAUAGGUCUCAAAUUGGGGCAGCCUCGAGACCCUGAAAAAGAUCAGUUGUCUUCUCCCACACAGGCUGGAACUAUCCGAGUAAACUGAUAUAAGCUGUCUUUCUUCCAACCUCUUUCCCGGAUUACAUUUUCGCGAUUUUUUUUUCCCCUGAGAUACAAUAGGUUGUAGGUAAGUAACAGAGUACACUGAUGUUUUUGAAGACGGACAGAAUAAUGAGAGGAUUUUGCAAUGUA